AUGCCAGCUAAGUGUGGGGACCAGAUAGGAUUUGUUGGUGCCACGGAGGUCAUCCUGGAGCCUUCUGCUUCCAUCUCAGUGUGUUCGGCUGGGCAAUGGAGGCUUUCCCUGCUGACACCAAUUCAACUGACCCACACUCACCGCCUUUGCUUAAACCCCAAGACAUUCUCUCCACAGUCAUUCUGAGCCUCACGUGUUUACUGGGACUACCGGGCAAUGGGCUGGUGCUGUGGGUAGCUGGUCUAAAGAUGAGGCGGACCGUGAACACCGUUUGGUAUCUCCACCUCACCCUGGCUGAUUUCAUCUGCUGCCUUUCCUUGCCCUUCUCCUUGGCUCACGUGUUUCUCCAAGGACACUGGCCCUAUGGCUUGUUCCUAUGCAAACUCAUCCCAUCAGUCAUCAUACUCAACAUGUUUGCCAGUGUCUUCCUGCUGACUGCCAUUAGCCUGGACCGCUGUCUGAUGGUACAUAAGCCAAUCUGGUGCCAGAACCAUCGGAAUGUGAGAACAGCCUUCGUCAUCUGUGGAUGUGUCUGGGUGAUGGCCUUUGUGAUGUGUGUCCCCGUAUUUGUAUACCGUGACCUGAUCGUUAUGGGCAAUCAUAGCAUAUGUGGCUAUAAUGUUGACUCCUCCAUGUCAUUUGAUUAUGGGUACAUGUACGAUCUACCAGAAAGCAAUCCUACCAACAACCCCACAACUCAGCUAAGCGGACAGACGGAUGACAGGUCAGAUCCUUCAGCUACCACUGCCCUCCAGGCACAAACGUUCCAAAUUUCUCCCAACAGUUCAUUCCCUUUAUAUUCAGCAAGACUAUCCAGUCAGCAGGCCCAUUACAGUGGAAAGCCUCCUAGUGUGCUGAGACCCGCCGCACCCAGCGGGUUUCCCAUUGAAGAUGGAGAACCCGACACAGGUAACGCCAAGGCUUUUCUCUCUGCUCAUACAGAGCUUUCCCCUACCAAUUCUAGCAGCUAUUUCUACCACCCUGAGCUGUCAAACGAUCUCCAGGAUGAUUACUUGGAUCAAUUCACCUAUAACCAUCAUGUGCCAGCACCUCUGGUGGCAAUAAGCCUCACAAGGCUGGUGAUGGGCUUCCUGGUGCCCUUUUUCAUCAUGGUAGCUUGUUAUAGCCUCAUCAUCUUCCGAAUGCGAAGAGCGAACUUCACCAAGUCUCGGAGUAAAACCGUUCGUGUGGCCCUGGUGGUGGUGACAGUCUUUUUUGUCUGCUGGACUCCAUACCAUAUUGUGGGAGUCCUGCUUUUGAUUGCCGACCCAGAGAGCAGAUUGAGGGAAACUGCGAUAACCUGGGACCAGGUGUCCAUUGCUUUAGCAUCUGCCAACAGCUGCUUCAACCCCUUCCUCUAUGCCCUGUUGGGGAAAGACUUUCGGAAGAAAGCAAGACACUCCGUAAAGGGCAUUCUGGAGGCAGCCUUCAGCGAAGAGCUCACACACUCUACCAGCUGCACCCAGGACAAAGCCUCUUCAAAAAGAAACGAUAUGAAUACAAAAGUGUGAGGGUGCAGGGCUGGAGACCGAGGUGGACCUUCUCAGGUGAACCCUGGUAAAAGAUGCCGUGUGAGCAGGACGCUUUGGACAAUCUGGUGGCUCUCGGAGAGAAGUCCCUGACUGUUGACAAUCAGCAUCAUUUGGAAACAUU